AUGGCGACCAGCGAGUUCAAGCGCCUGGUGCUUAAGCAGUUCCCGGCUACGAACGAGGUGGAGACCGCCGAGAACUCGUACUGGAAGAAGUUUCAUGCGCCGCAAGAGCUGCAGCAGGUUGGCCCCGUCACGCACAUCGACGUCUCGCCCGUUGCGCCGCACCAAGUAGCGAUCACCUCGUCCACGCGCAUUCACCUAUACAGCACCACGACCAACGAAAUCGUUAAGACUUUCAGUCGUUUCCGCGACGUCGUGUACUCCGGCACGUUCCGCUCGGACGGCAAACUGUUGGUAGCAGGUGGAGAAGCUCCCUACGUUCAGGUGCUGGACAUUAACACUCGUGCAAUUCUGCGUUCUUUCAAGGGCCACACUGCCGCCAUCCGCAGCACCUGCUUCUCAGCCGAUAAUGUGCACGUGCUGUCGUGCUCUGAUGACAAGACCGCCCGGUACUGGGACCUGCCUACUGCCAAGCCGCUGUGUUUGAGUACGUGCGCUCGUCAGCUGCCAACCCGUCGUCUCACAAUGCUAGUGCAUGUAACCUAUCAACCGAGCGGAGAUGUCACUACAUAA